AUGUCCGCCGACGCUCUCCCAAUCUCCCCUGCUGCCUUCGCAGAAGCUCUGAAAGAUCUCCCCAUGUCCACCCUUCACCUCAAAGCUGCCGAACUACGCAAUUCCAUCGCACAUCUCGAUUAUUCUAACGAAGAAUUGAAACCUUUCGCUGAAGGGAGAGCUCCCGAAUGUGUAGACGGGAAGCCAGAUGAAGAUUGUAUUGACGCCAUUCGCGAAAACGAAAUUGUAAUAACCCGCAUGGAAACCCGCAUCUCACUUCUCCGCACAGAAAUAGAAGCUCGAGGUGGAGUAUGGGGCGAAUAUGAAGCUGGCGCAGAACCUAAGCUAGAAGAAGAUGUACUAUCUCCCGCUCCUGCGACAAACGGCACAACCUCUGCGAAUGAAGAAAAUAGGAGUAACCCUUGGGCCGAUGGAACAUUUACAACGGGACGAAUUGUGGGAGGUGAAGUUGUGAUGGAUCCAACACCUGCAGCUACAGCCGCAUCUACAACAGUGAAUGGGGUAUCUGCGGCGAACAGAGUCACAACAAAUGGAGCCACAGCAACUACAAACACGGGAGGGAGAUUGGACGAUGAAGCUUUACGUCGAGCAAUGGAAUUACGGAUGCGCGAAGAUGCUGGUGCGGAUGAGGAGGAAGGUAUGCAUUUGUGA